AUGGCUGCCAACGGCGACAAGGGCCUCUCGGCCAACGACAAGAUCCAGCGUUUCGCGGCGCCUAGCCGGUCCAUGAGCCCAAUGCCUUCGCAUGCUCUCUUCAGCGACAAGACCAGGUGCUUCGUCUACGGUCUCCAGCCCCGUGCCGUUCAGGGCAUGCUCGACUUCGACUUCAUCUGCAAGCGCAAGACCCCAUCAGUUGCUGGCAUUAUCUACACCUUCGGCGGUCAAUUCGUCUCAAAGAUGUACUGGGGCACCAGCGAGACUCUGUUGCCCGUCUACCAGCAGGUCGAUCAGGCCAUGAGCAAGCACCCCGAUGUCGACGUCGUGGUCAACUUUGCCUCGUCCCGCAGUGUCUACAGCUCCACCAUGGAGCUGAUGGAGAACCCCCAGAUCAAGACCAUUGCCAUCAUUGCUGAGGGCGUACCCGAGCGUCGUGCCCGUGAGAUCGCCCACGUUGCUCAGAAGAAGGGUGUCACCAUCAUUGGCCCUGCCACCGUUGGUGGAAUCAAGCCCGGGAGCUUCAAGAUCGGUAACACUGGUGGUAUGAUGGACAACAUUGUGUCCUCCAAGCUCUACCGCAAGGGCUCCGUCGGCUACGUCUCCAAGUCCGGUGGCAUGUCCAACGAGCUCAACAACAUCAUCUCCACAACCACCGACGGUGUCUACGAGGGUAUUGCUAUCGGUGGUGACCGCUACCCCGGCACCACCUUCAUCGACCACAUGCUCAGAUACCAGGCCGACCCUGAAUGCAAGAUUCUCGUCUUGCUUGGUGAGGUUGGUGGUGUUGAGGAGUACAAGGUCAUUGAGGCCGUCAAGCAGGGUGUCAUCACUAAGCCCAUCGUUGCCUGGGCCAUCGGUACGUGCGCCAGUAUGUUCAAGACCGAGGUCCAGUUCGGUCACGCUGGUUCUUUUGCCAACUCGCAGCUCGAGACGGCCGCCAACAAGAACAAGUCCAUGCGUGAGGCUGGUUUCUUCGUCCCCAACACCUUCGAGGAUCUUCCUCAGACCUUGACUGAGGUCUACCAGAAGCUUGUCCAGGAGGGCACCAUCACUCCCCAGUCUGAGCCUGCUGUGCCCAAGAUCCCCAUGGACUACUCCUGGGCUCAGGAGCUUGGCCUCAUCCGUAAGCCUGCUGCCUUCAUCUCCACUAUCUCCGACGAUCGUGGUCAGGAACUCCUCUACGCCGGCAUGCCCAUCUCGGACGUCUUCAAAGAGGACAUUGGCAUCGGUGGUGUCAUGUCUCUUCUGUGGUUCCGUCGCCGCCUUCCCAAGUACGCCUCCAAGUUCUUGGAGAUGGUCCUCAUGCUCACUGCCGACCACGGUCCCGCCGUGUCUGGUGCCAUGAACACCAUCAUCACAACUCGUGCCGGCAAGGACCUGAUCAGCGCUCUCGUCUCCGGUCUCUUGACCAUUGGUUCGCGCUUUGGUGGUGCCCUCGACGGCGCUGCUGAGGAAUUCACCAAGGCUUUUGACAAGGGUCUGAGCCCCCGUGAGUUUGUCGACGGCAUGCGCAAGGCCAACAAGCUCAUUCCUGGUAUCGGCCACCGCAUCAAGUCCCGCAACAACCCCGAUCUGCGUGUCGAGCUGGUCAAGGAGUACGUCCUGGCCAACUUCCCCAACCACAAGCUGCUCGACUACGCUCUGGCUGUCGAGUCUGUCACCACUUCCAAGAAGGACAACCUGAUUCUCAACGUUGAUGGCUGCAUUGCCGUCUGCUUUGUCGACCUUGUCCGCAACUGCGGCGCUUUCUCUGCGGAGGAGGCCGAGGACUACCUGAAGAUGGGUGUUCUCAACGGUCUCUUCGUUCUCGGCCGCAGCAUUGGUCUCAUUGCUCACUUCCUCGACCAGAAGCGUCUGCGCACCGGCCUCUACCGCCAUCCUUGGGACGAUAUCACCUACCUUCUGCCUUCCCUCGCUCAGGGCCAACCAGGGUCUGAGGGCCGCGUGGAGGUGUCUGUGUAA